AUACCAUUGGUGAUCACGUUAUUAUUAACAAUUUUUGGCCUCGUUAAAUCAUGGGGCAUUAAUCACGCUGGUCAAACUGGACAAAAUAAGAAAUGCGAAAGAUUAAACGUUUCAUUUUGCCAUGGAUUGCGUUACAAUCUUACCGCAAUGCCGAAUUUUAUGGGACACGAGGAUCAGUUGCAAGCUGAACGUGGCCUGGCUACUCUGAUGCCACUGGUACAUUACAACUGUUCGAAACACUUGAGGCUAUUUCUUUGCGCAGUAUUUGCACCAGUAUGUUCCGAACAUGUAGCCAUGCAGAUACCAGCUUGCAAAUCUCUCUGUCUUUCUGUUAGAAGAGAAUGCGAACCUGCAUUGACCAGUCUCACACUUCCUUGGCCACAUAUGCUCGAUUGCGAUCGAUUUUUGGAUCGUGGUAAUACACUUUGCGUUCAACCACCCGAAGAAACACUUUCCGAUCCUGUUCCACCUGUUCAACAGCAAUGGCCAACGCAAGAACAAAUUCAGCCUGUACAAACGUCUACGGGAUUGCAGAAUCAUCAUCAAUGUCCACCUCAUUUCGUAGAAACACCGGAUGUACAAACGAUUUCUUGCGUGCCACGUUGCGGUACCGAUGCUUAUUAUCGUGCCGAGGAUAAAAAAUUUACUGAACGAUGGAUAAUAGGAUGGGCAUGGCUUUGUUUUUUGUCAACCCUUUUCACACUAUUAACAUUCUGGGUAGAACCAUCAAGAUUCCGUUAUCCAGAAAGACCUAUUGUAUUUCUUGCACUUUGUUACAAUCUAUUAUCGGUAAAUUAUAUCAUCAGAGGUGCGAUUGGUACUGAAACUCUCAGUUGUGUUAGUCAAAUCGAUGGACCGAGUUACGUGCCAGUUCAUGAUGGAUUAAAAAGUAUUCCUUGUACGUGUUGGUGGAUCAUCAAACAUUAUCUGAGUUUAGCUAGUAGCACUUGGUGGACAAUAUUGUGCGUUUGUUGGUUCUUAAGUGCUAGAAACGAGUGGAGCAGCGAAGCUUUGCACAAUAUUGCUUCGUAUUUGCAUGCAGUUGCUUGGGGAUUACCACUUUUAAUCACAGGAGGUAGUUUACUUUCUCGUCAGAUAGUUGCAGACGAGCUUACCGGUCUCUGCCAAAUAGCUGAUGAAUCCGCUUUAUGGCAUGAAGUUUUACCACAUGCAAUAUUGAUGUUUCUCGGUUGCAUUUUAGCAGCCGUGGCAGGUGGUGCAUUGAUUCGCGUAAGACGUGCCAUUCGUUCGGCUGGUCGUAGUGCAACAAAAUUGGAAAGACUAAUGACUCGUCUUGGAAUCUUUGCGUUACUUUACGUCUUGCCAGCACUUGGUAACUUGACGUGUAUCUUACAAGAAUCAUCAACGAAACCACGCUGGCGAAUGCUCGCACUUCUCGCUGCUCUCGAUUGUCGAUCAGCCGAAAAUUGUGCACCUGGCCCCGUUUACAGAGCCGCAGGACUCGAAGUGGCCCUUUUAAAACCAUUUUUGUCUUUGGUCAUUGGCGUCACCUCAGGCAUGUGGGUCUGGUCUGGUAAAACUUGCAGAGCUUGGAGUAAAUUACUUGCAGCUCCUAGCAAACCUAAUAGAACUAUACCAACUGCACAACCUCUGACACAGAAUGUUCUUCGGAAUUUUAAAACUGAUGUAAAUAUUAUCCCAUGA